AUGCCACUCUCACGAAAGGUCUACGUUCUCGGAGGUUACACCAGCAAAUUCAUUGGCAAGGGUCAUCCAGAUUUCAUUCACAAGAAACACCCUCUCUUUGGUAAACAAACCAAUCCAGAUUUGAAAUGGUAUUUAAUCACAGCCAUUCAAGAAACACUCAAGAUGCAUCAAUGCAAGGGAGAUUUGGUCGAUAAGAUUUUCGUUGGCAAUUUUGCAGGAGAAUGUUUUUCCAAUCAAGGUCAUUUGGGUUCAGGUGUUUCCGAAGCUGAUUCUGGAUUGUUGUACAAACCUUCGUAUCGAUUGGAAGCUGCUUGUGCUUCCGGUGGUGUUGCAUUCAAUGCUGCUGUGGACUCGAUUCUGGCUGGAACCAGUCAUGUUGCAUUGGUCGUUGGUGCUGAAGAACAAAACACUGUGAGUGCAAGAGAAGGUGCUUCUCAUUUGGCUAAGGCAGCUGAUUUCAAUCGACAACGUCCCAUUGAGGAAUUUACAUUCCCAGCUCUGUAUGCCAUUCGUAAAAUGCAUUAUUUGAAAAAGUAUGGAAAUUUGGUCCGAUCCGAAGAUAUUGAAGGUGUUGCUUUGAAGGCAUAUGCUGCUGGUAACAAGAAUCCACUUGCUCAAAUGUAUAGCGUCAAGCUCGAUCAACAAGGAGUAUUGGAAUCUCCAAAAUUUUUGAGUAAUCCAGAAAUUAAGGAUGCCCUUAAAAUGUGUGAAUGUUCUCAAGUCUCUGAUGGAGGAGCCGGUUUAUUGGUUCUGAGCGAGGAAGGUUUACAAAAAUUAGGUGUACCCAAGUCACAAGCUAUUGAACUCUUGGCUUCUGAAGUUGCUAUUGGAAAUUUGUAUAAUGAUACACCAGAGACAUUCUCUGACUUGUUGACUACAAGAGCUGCUGCCAAGAAAGCUUAUGAAGUGUCUGGAGUAUCACCAAAGGAUGUUUCUGUGGCUGAAGUGCAUGAUUGCUUUGCUGUUGCUGAAGUUGGUAUGAACGAGGCUCUUGGUUUCAGUAAGCCAGGUGAAGGUGCAUUCUUGCACUUGACCAAGCCAAUGGUUAAUACUGGAGGUGGUUUAAUCUCUUUCGGACAUCCUGUUGGAGCAACUGGUGUGAAACAAAUCAAUGAAGUUUACAAGCAAAUGAAAGGUAAAGCUGGUGACUAUCAAUUGAAGAAUAGUUUGGAGCUUGGUGUUUGUGCCAACAUGGGAGGAAAUGACAAGACUUCAGUCGUUUCAAUUUUCAAGAAUUUGUAA